AGGAACGGAGAGAGAGAGACGAGAGGAUGGGCUACUAGGGUUCCUCCGCCGCCACCCGUCUCCACCUCGUGGGCGAGGAAGGCUCCUCUCCACCACGUCCGCCAAAGAAGUCCACCUCCGCCAUCCUGACCGGACCCUCUCCGCCGCCCCUCUUCUCCAUCCGCGAUCGGCAGAUCGUAGCGGCGCCUCCACGAGCUCGUUCCCUUCCAAGCUUCUCCCCGACCGCCGCCCGUCGUCUCAUCUGAGCUCUUUGCUGACCGCCGGUCACCUCUCUCCCUUCCGUCCAAGCUCGUUCCCGAUCGGUGCCUCCCCGAACUCCCUCCCGUGAGGACUUAAUGUGUUGCAAUUACUAGGGAAGGUUUCUGCUCAACAGUGGAAGGACAGAGUAACCUCAUCAGUAAACCUGAACCAGGGACAUUUAAUGCAUGCUGAGCUUCCUGCUCAUCUUGUGUGCAUCUUAAUUGCCCUUCAUAUCUGAUGAAGUCAGGAGUAGGCAGUGCCCUUGGUGGUUGUGCAUCUACAGUAAAGCAGGCCGACAUUGGUUCACAAGGGACCUUCAGUGUGGCUCUAAGGAAGAAAAGAGGAAGAACAGCACCUCCAUCUUCUAGAUGUUUACGUGGUAAAAAGGAUGAUAAGGUCAUGGACAGUGAUGAUGCUAUUAACAAUUUGAACCAUGCUUGUAAUGUGCAAGCAACUGCUGUUAAGAACACUACUGCUGUGGAUAAGACUGCUCAAGCAAUAUUGGAUGAUCAGGUUUAUAAGGCAGAAAUGAAUUCCACGUCCUCAGACAAUGAGAGUGCCGAAGAAGUUGAGGAUGUGAAAGUUUGUGACAUAUGUGGAGAUGUUGGCGAUGAGGAGAAGCUUGCUGUUUGCAAUAGAUGUAAUGAUGGUGCUGAGCAUAUUUACUGUAUGCAGGUGAUGAUGGAAAAGGUUCCAGAGGUUGAGUGGUUUUGCGAAGAGUGCCAAGCUGAAGUAGAUUUUGGAAAAGAUAAGUUGCAAAAAUCUCAAGUGAAGGUUGGCAUUUCAAAGCAAGAGUCUAUUGAAGAGAAAAUCAAUAAACCUGUCAAUGCUGCACAGGGCAGAAGUUCUUCUGAGAAUGAAGUGGAUGCUGAAACUGUUGGCAGAAAAGAAUGGAAUGAAGCAAAUCAAGCCAUUGAUACGGUUACUAGGAGGAACGAAGAAGAUGCAAGGAUUAUGACCGUGGCUAAGCAAAACAUUCCUGAACCUGGGGUCUUAUUGAUGGGGUCUGACUCCAGAAAAAGAAUACCUCUGUCACGCGACAGCUCAUUCAGGUUGGUUAUGGAGAAAGGGAAGCAACCCACUCCCCAAGUACCAACCUUAUUGGCGUCUAGUGCUGCCAAGAGUCAGGCACCACCAUUUGCUGGUCAACUCUCCAAGUCCACCUCCUUCAACACCUCUAAGGUCCCCAAGGUGAAGCAACUAGUGAAUGAAGCUCCUCAGAAAACCAAAACUUUAAAGGCUCAGUUGACCUCUAGUAUGAAAAAAGAGGGUCCAAUGUGCCUAUCUACGAAGCCAUCAUCAUUCAAAAAGCCCAAAACGUGUGAAUCAGCAAUCAAGGCAAAGACUUCCAUCAUACCACCUGCCGAGGAGCUAACUGUGAUAAAUUUACCAGUGAGCCGAAAUGCAAGUAAUGAUAGAGGCACUUCUAUCUUAGGAUGUCCAUCCAUUGCUGGAUCAAUUGCUUUUCCAGUUCAGUCAAAAGCAGAAUCUGCAGCUGAGCGUCUCACUACAGGAAAUAACACAGCCACUUUUAGUAAUUUAGGAGUUGCCAAUGAGCAGGGUGCUGGAAACGUUCCUGGAAACAGUGAGCUAAAUAAGCCACUUUUAGCAAAAGCACCAGUGAGUGUAACAUCAACUAGUUCUCCGAGAUCCUUAGGUAUUCUUGGUUCUGGUUCCCAAAGAAAUGUGUUCCAGAACUCAGAGGCUUCACAUUGGGAUGAUAAAAUAAAUUAUCCGCCUAGUUUGAGACUAGAUGCUUCUAGCAGCAGCCGCGUAGUUCAUCGUCAACGGUGUAAUGAAGCAGGCCAUUCUACACAAUUUUGUGGUGCUGAUACACUGCGUUUGUCUGCAAUAAAACCUCCGAGUGAGCGAAACUUGAAGGAUGUCCCUGCCAAAAGGAAUGUAACGUCUGAAGCUAAUAGCUUGGUAGCUACUGAGAAUACUUCCAGAUUAGGAGAUCAAGCUAUAUCAGCCGUGGGCAGAAGAUCUGUUCACAGCAGUUCUACUAUGUCAAGUGAUCUGAUGGACAAAUUGAGUCAAGCCUUUUUACCUGGUGAUAAAACAAUAGUUUCAACUGUUCCAGAGUUGGAUUAUAUUUGGCAAGGUGAUUUUGAGCUGUGGAGGACUGGAAGAUCACCUGAGCUAUGUGAUGGUUUUCAAGCUCACUUAUCAUGUACCGCUUCACGAAAAGUGCUGGAAGUAGCAAAGAAAUUCCCUUCAAGAGUCCAGCUUGAAGAACUACCUCGUCAGGACUCAUGGCCCAUGCAGUUUCAGGAAAAUGGACCCACACAUGAAAAUAUUGGUGUUUUCUUCUUUGCUAGAGAUGCCCAUAGCUAUGAACAUCAUUACAGUAAAUUGGUUCAAAAUAUGCUAAACAACGACUUGGCACUCAGAGGAAAUAUCGAAACAGCUGAAUUGCUUAUAUUCCCUUCCAACAUCCUGUCAAACAACUCCCAGAGAUGGAAUAUGUUUUAUUUUCUGUGGGGUGUGUUUAGAGUAACAAAAAAAGAUCAUGAUGGUGCUGAACCAGAUUGCAAUUCGUUUAGUUCAGCUACUUGUGCAGACCAUCAAUAUAUCCAAGCUUCGGAAGCUAAUAUUCAGGGAUGUUCAAAUGGAGAGAACUCUUCGGGUCAGCCUCUGGGUGGAACAGAUUUGGAAGAUUAUUGUCAUGAUUCAAUUAGAACAUGCUGUUUAACAGAUAGCAGGGGUUCAAUCAAUGAUGUUUCCGCUGCUCUGGCAAGAAAACGCAAGAUACAUGCAUAUCCAGACUCUCAAAAGAAAAUGUCGGAUUCUUCCUGCUGUUAUGCUGAUGAGCCAAAUGUUUAUGUAAAUACAAUGCCAGUAACUUGCUCUAUCUCAUCCAUCCACGAACAAGAUAAUCGGAGCAGAGUCAUUAACUUCAACAAUACAGAGAGCCUGAUGGAUAUAUAUCAUUUUAAUAGUGUUGAAUUGAACUCUGGCGCAGUGAAUCCUGUUUCGCAUGCAUCAGGUGGGGCACAAAAAAGGAAAGUUGAUAUGCUGAACUGGACUGAUGGAGUCAAUGGAUCACUGGAUAAGAAAAUUAAAUUGGAUAAUGUAUCAUCCACUGUGGAGUCUAGUGUAAGUGAGAAUAUUAGAGAUGGUUACCCUCUAGCAGCUUUAUCUGUGGAUGAUUGCACUGACAAUAAGGCAAUGCCUGGAACCUCGAAGAGUAAUGGAAAGUGCAUAUUUCCGCUAGAUCUAAAUGCGGUGGAUGAUGAUGCAACUACUGGAAAUGUCGUAACUAUUCUGUCUUCUGAUGAUGAAGAUUUACCUGAACAGAACACGCAAGGUCUUAAGCUAGAGCUGGGGGACAACGGAUUUUCUGGAAAAUCCAUCUUUUCGUUCUCUCCCAUGGUUGAAGAAAAGUGGAAUAAGGGAGAGUCGCUGCCUACUGAUACGUCAGGUGUCCUGUCCCUUGCCACUGCAUUCCCAGCGUCAAAGGAACAAGCUGGUAAAAUGCAAUCGGAGUCAUGCAAUGGGCUCUAGGGCUAAACCAUCUUCGGUUGCCCACGGUGACAUGGUUCCUUGCUUUGCAUUCCUGAUGUCUUGCGUGAUGGAUCUUGGUAUCAUCGGCCCACUCCACAAGGAAUCGCGGAAGACACUACAAUCUUCUCAAUGUGCGAACAGAUGGUUCAGACUCUGCAUGUCAAGUCCCAUCCAAUCUCUGCAUUGUAUCCAUGUCAGUUUUUGUCUUUUAGCUGACAACCGUGCCAUAUUUAGAGGCAUAUUGAGGGAGGAAUGGUGUCAGGUCUAGAAUUAGCAUAUAAAUGUAGAAACAGAUUCCUGAACCAAGCAUGAGUGCCAUAUUGUGCCAUGCUUUUCUCUACCAUGGCACCUUUAUCUUGCUGGAUAUCUGUCACGGCAACAUGGUGUGCUUCUACGAUACCUCUAGUUAACGCAUGUGUCAUCGGAAAAAACUUGGGGUUUUUCUCUA